AUGAUAAAAAGUAUGCCGAGCAAUGCACCGCACCCUUUCUCCAUAAAAUCGGCCAACAUCAAGAACCCGCGUUCCCAUCCCCAUCCUGCCCAUGGCGUUCGUCCUCCCAAAUCUCAGAUCUCACUCAAGAUUAUGCAUGCAAUGCUGACGUUUUUCCUUUCCUUCUUCCCCGUCCCCUGCACCCAACAAAUUUGA